AUUUUCUGUGUACUUUGAAAUUUACGGACACAAGUCGACAUGUUUUGAAGGGAACGUUUCGGCGUCUCUCCUGAAGCUUUUUUGUAUUUGGAAUAUAUCCGCCUCCAUCAUGAAGCUCGUAAGGUUUCUUAUGAAGUUGAGCCAUGAGACAGUCACCAUUGAACUGAAGAAUGGCACACAAGUACAGGGCACCAUAACAGGUGUGGACGUGGCCAUGAACACUCACCUCAAGAGUGUGAAGAUGACCCUCAAGAAUCACGACCCGGUGAGCUACGACACUCUCACCAUCCGUGGCAACAACAUCCGCUACUUCAUCCUGCCAGAGUCCCUGCCGCUGGAGAACCUGCUCAUUGACGAUGGACCCAGGGCAAGGAAGGGACGCGCUGACCGUGGCAGAGGUGUGGGAGGGCGAGGACGAGGGCGAGGUGGGCGCGGCAGGGGUCGUGGUGGGCCGAGAGGCAGGGGGCGAGGUGGACCGCCACGCCGCUGAUCUCCUCUGCUGUCCUGCUAAGGAAGAACGACAACAACAACAACAGAAACAGCAGCAGCAGCAGCAACUCACCCCAGUACAAAGGAGGGAACUGUGGGACAAGGAGCGAGUAAGGGAAGUUUCUCUCCUGUAAAGACAGUUUCCCGUUCCACAGAUUUUCUUCUACUUUUGUCUUAGUUCCCUGUUGUCUUCAGCCUGUCUGGGGAGGUUUACUUUUCCACUUUCUUUGAUAUACUGUAGGUAUGUAUGUAUGUAUGUAUGUUAGAGACAGGUUUAUGAUUCUCUCUCUCUCUCUCUCUCUCUCUCUCUCUCUCUCUCUCUCUCUCUCUCUCUCUCUCUCUCUCUCUCUCUCUCUCUCUCUCUCUCUCUCUUUUAAUUUUUUUUCUCUAGAAGUCAGAAUUUUAGUUUUCUUGUACUUUUUGUAACAUGUGACUAGUGCAGGCUGGUUUGAAGAGCAGUGUAUAUCAGCCACAUGCUGCAUUUCAGCAUGAUUAAUAAAUAUUUUUUUCUUUUA